AUGGAUUUACCAAUGAUUGGAAUGAUGGAAUUAGAUCAUAUUAAUGAUGAAUGUGAUAGUGGUACUCAUCAAGCCAAAAUUUCAUUAGAUGAAGAGAUUUCGCCUACAAUUGAUGAAACUGAAACAAAUUCUUCGAAAUAUAAACUUCCUGAUGAUUUAAUAUCAUCACUCGAAUAUUCUUCUGAACAGAUGCAUUGUACACAUUGCAAUGCUAGUUUUACUACUAAAAAUGAUUUACGUCAACAUGAAUUAAAUCAUAAUGCAAAUCAGGUAUCAUGUCAUAUAUGUCAUAAAAUUUUUGCAAAUACCUAUCGUCUUCAACGUCAUAUGUUAAGUCAUGAAAUAGAUCCUCAAACACGAAAAUUUCAAUGUUCACAUUGUCCAAAAGCAUUUAAAUUCAAACAUCAUUUAAAAGAACAUAUUCGGAUUCAUACUGGUGAAAAACCAUUUGUUUGUCCUAAUUGUAAUAAACGUUUUUCUCAUUCGGGCUCAUAUUCAUCACAUAUGGCAUCAAAAAAAUGUUAUUCAUCAAAUUCAUCUUAUUUACAUAAUCCUGAAAUAGAAGAAGGUGAAAUUUUACCUAUAAAAACUGAACAAAAUCAAUUUAAUGAUCUAUCAAAAUAUUUUGCUAUUAAUGAACAAUAUGUUCAAUAUUAUUUUCAUAUUUUACAAAAUACAAUUUAUCAAACGGAACCAUUAGAUUUAUCAAUAAAAAAAUCCGGUGAAUCUCAUUUAGAUGAAAAUGAUUUAAUAGAAUCAUUAAGUCCAAAUAGUUCAUCUGAAAUAAGUCUUUUAUCACAUGAUGAUUUAUUAACUAAUAAAAGAUUAACAUGUGAUAUAUGUGAUAAAUCAUUUAAUAAACAAAGUUCAUUAGCACGUCAUAAAUAUGAACAUUCAGGUGUUCGACCAUUUAUUUGUGAUAUUUGUAAAAAAGCAUUUAAACAUAAACAUCAUCUUGCUGAACAUCGUCGAUUACAUACUGGUGAAAAACCAUUUCAAUGUAUGAAAUGUUUCAAGCGUUUCAGUCAUUCAGGUUGA